AUGAGCGACUUCAAUGACUGCGGCAGCCACGGGGCCUCCAGCAUGUACCUCCCGGGGUGCGCCGCCGCCGCCGCCGCCGCCGCCGCCUACUACGUGUCCCCCUCGGACUUCUCCAGCAAGCCCCCUUUCCUGCCCCAGUCGCCCUCCUGCCAGAUGGCCUUCCCCUACGCCUCCAACCUGCCGCCGCAUGUGCAACCGGUGCGCGAAGUGGCGGCGGCGGCGGCGGCGUUCAGGGACUAUGCGGGCGGGGGCGGGGGCGGCGGCAGCGGGAAGUGGCCCUACCGCGGGACUUACGCGCCCAGCUACUACGAGGAGGUGCUGCACGGCAGGGACUUUCUGCAGCCGCCCGCCCGCCGCGGCGGCGGCGGCAGCAGCAGCAGCAGCAGCGAGGUGCUCUUCAAAGCCGACCCCGUGUGCAGCGGCGCCCACCACCACCACCACCACCACCACGCGGCCGCCGCGGCCGCCAGCUUCUACAACGCCGCCGCCGCCGCCGCCGCGGUGGGCAGGAAUGGGAUCUUGCCGCAGGGCUUCGACCAGUUUUACGAGGCGGCCCACGGCGCUGGCACCCCCUACGCGGAGCAGGCAGCGGAGCUGGAGGCUGGCGACAAGGGCGACCUCAAGCCCCCCGCCGGCAGCCCUUGCAGCAAGAGCGCAGCGCCCCUUCCCCCGGGCCAGGAGAAGAAAGUGACAAGCGGCGGCGGCGGCGCAGAAUCUCCUUCCAGGGAGGCCGGCCCAGAGAAGAGCAGCAGCAACAGCAGCUCAGCGAUUCCUCAACGAUCCCGGAAAAAGAGGUGCCCCUACACCAAGUACCAGAUCAGAGAACUGGAACGCGAGUUUUUCUUCAACGUGUACAUAAACAAAGAGAAAAGACUUCAGUUGUCUAGAAUGCUGAACCUCACGGAUCGACAAGUUAAAAUAUGGUUCCAAAAUCGAAGGAUGAAAGAAAAAAAACUGAACAGAGACCGACUACAGUAUUUCACUGGGAAUCCCUUGUUUUGA